AUGGGUUUUACAGUAAAGUCCCGUUCUAAGUCUUUGAAGGACACCAAGAUUGCUGAUGGAAAAGGGGUUACUCUGCAAUCGCUUCUUGGGGAGAUCUCCAGGCAGAAUAGAUCCAUCAAUAAGAAUAGAUUGAGAUUGACGUACUUGAAAGAGGAGAAGCAGGUUCCUGUUAGUGAAACUUUUUUCGAAGAACAGGCCAAUUUGAAUGAUGUGGAGUUUUUUGUCAAGGAUUUGGGUCCUCAAGUUUCAUGGAGAUUGGUGUUUGUUGUCGAGUAUUUGGGUCCUAUACUAGUCCAUUCAUUAUUUUAUUAUCUAUCAAAAUGCCCAACUCUAGUGCGCAAGUAUCAUAGUAAAUCUGUUGAGUAUAAUCCUUUCAUGAACAAAUUGGCCUACACUUUAAUUAUGGGUCAUUAUCUGAAAAGAGAGUUUGAAACUUUGUUUGUACACCAGUUUUCUCAAAGUACUAUGCCGCUUUUCAAUAUUUUCAAGAACUCAUUCCAUUACUGGGUAUUAAAUGGUGCCAUUGCCUUUGGUUAUUUUGGAUAUGGGUUCAUCUUCAGUAAUGCAAAGCUUUUCGAAGCAUACAGCACUUUGAAAUUGAAUAAUUUAGGUGCUCUAGUGGCUCUCUUCACUUUGGCAGAGUGCUGGGUCGCUUACAUUCACAUAAAGUUACGUCUAUGGGGUGAAGCUCAAGCUAAGCAGGGAAACACUAAGAAGCGUGUGCCAAUUAAUGAUGGUAUCUUUGCUUUAUUGGUUGCUCCGAAUUAUGCCUUCGAAUCGUGGGCUUGGAUCAUCUUCUCUUUGAUUUUCAAGCUCAAUUUGUUUGCACUAAUUUUCACUGCCGUCUCAGUCGCCCAAAUGUACCUGUGGGCUCAAAAGAAGAACAAGAGAUAUGGGACUAAGAGAGCUUUCUUGAUCCCUUAUAUCUUUUAG